GUUCGCUAUUACAUUCAGUUUGGUGCGAUGGCUGGCUCCGGUAUUUCUGAAAGCUGGAUUGAAGGGGAGGGAUAUGAGCAAACCAAACAGGCCUGAAAUACCAGAGACCAUGGGGGCCGUCUGUGCAGUUGUAUAUCUGUUGCUGCUGAUGGUUUUUAUUCCUUUCGCCUUCUACAAGGAUAUUGUUGCCGCCACGUCCGGAGGCGGAAGCCGUGAUGUUGUGAUUGAGGUCCGGCAGGUCGAAACGGGUCGAUUCCUGCAUCGAUUCCCUCAUAACAAACUUGCCUCUUACCUUUCUGGCCUUCUCUCCCUGCAGUCCAUCGUCAUUCUCGGAAUUGGAGACGACCUCCUUGAUAUCCGCUGGAGACACAAGGUCUUAAUUCCCGCGUUCGCAUCGAUCCCGAUGCUCAUUGUCUACCUGGUAGACUUCGGUGUCACACGGGUGGUCGUUCCGCUACCUUUGCAACCUUACCUAGGCUCCUCGAUUGAUCUUGGAUGGCUGUACUACGUGUAUAUGGCGGCCGUGGCUAUCUUCUGUCCCAAUGGCAUCAACAUGCUAGCUGGGAUUAACGGUGUGGAAGUAGCGCAGUCUCUGGCCAUUGCGGCACUUUUGCUCAUAAACGCCGCUUUAUAUCUUCCACCCUACACUCCAUUUAUGCACCCGGCAACGGACUCGUAUCUACUCUCUAUCUACUUUCUACUGCCCUUCGUCGGGGUGUCAUUGGCACUACUCUGCCACAACUGGUACCCUUCGAAAGUUUUCGUCGGGGACACAUACUGCUACUUUGCAGGCAUGGUAUUCGCCGUUGUCGGUAUCUUGGGACAUUUCAGCAAAACCCUUCUUCUGCUGUUCAUACCGCAGAUAUUCAACUUCCUAUACUCGACCCCGCAGCUCUUUGGGCUGAUUCCAUGUCCUCGACACCGUCUACCGAAAUUCAACGUCAGAAGUGGGCUACUAGAGCCAUCCGUGACGGAAUGGAUGGCCCCUCCUCAUCCGUUGAUAGCCGGCUGCUUGGAUCUCCUGCACAUGUUACGACUAGUGCGCGUUACCAAGAGCAAGGAUGGCAAGAUUGUGGAGUCCACGAAUCUAACGAUUCUUAACCUAUGGUUGGUAUGGAUGGGACCCAUGAAAGAGAACCGACUUGCACUGCAUAUGGUGGGUGUGCAAUUGGCAUGUGGGUUUCUGGGAUUGUUUGUGCGGUAUCGUCUAUCCCGCCUAGUCUUUCAGUAGAAAGAAAAGAUGCAGUUCUAUAUAUUGGCGCAUUGAAUGGAUAGAGAAAAAUCGGAUAUUAUUUGGUUGAAUAAGUUUUCUAUUUUUUGCCAUGCACAUUAUUUCUCAUGUAUUACAUCAACAAGCUGAGCUGAAGCAGGUAUGUUGCGGACAGUUUGGAUUAUUAUCCACCUCGCCCAUUCAACUACUAGGAGUGAAAUAUUUAUUCCCACCAGUCUCUAGCUUUUGUGCGGGGGGGCUCAGCGGUUGAUUUGUUGUAGUUUCUGCCUUGGUCGUGGGGGAGCGGAAUUGGCCUGGGUUCAGGUGGCCGGGGGAUUGCAUUGCGAAGGCAUUUCGGAUGAGUUGUUUGGGCAUGCUGAUAGUGUACUUUGAAGGACUUGAUCGUAAUAUAUAGGGUAUAUCUAAUUCAUAGACGACCUAUGGUCCUAUCUGUAUCUUUUAAGAGCAGAUAUGAAUGCAUAUGGACGAGAUAUCAG